GAAUACUUCAACUAAUUCUCGUUCCCAUCCUUUCGUUUAUUUACGGAUUUUCUAUUCAAAAUAAGAAUAAUAUUGCUUUUUCGGCGUCUUCGUUUUUAAGGUCACAGGUACUUAACUUAAUAGGUAAUAAUUAUUCAUACAUGUAUACUUUGUGUAUUGCUGCAUGCAUGAGAGCAUAGUGAUCAUAGUGGUAAAAUACAUAUAGUGCACUCUGUCAGUCGCAUGUCCAUAUGUAAGAAAAUCAUGGUAAUUCUUGCACCCUUUUUAAAUGUGUGAGGACUCAAAAGUAUGCCGAAAAAUAUAUACCUGUCUUCAAAUGCGUGUUAUAAAAGCAAUGCAACAAGGCACCAGCGAUCUUAAAUAGAAUUCAACCUUUGACUCGUAUAGUAGUAAGCUUCACACUACUCUUCAACAAAUCAACAACACAAUGCGUUUGUUCGUUAUAUUUCCCUGUCUACUGGCGAUGGCAUGGGCUCAGCCAUUGAUGAAGCGCAAACUGCUGCAUAAUAAAAUCAAAGAACGCAUGUUUGGCGUUAACACCGAUUGCGAACCCUGUAGUAGCACAUUAAAAGGUGUACACACCGUGCAGCCGAUGGUGAUGGGACCUAUGCCUAAUGUCUACAACGCUGCGGCAUAUAAUUCGCCGCCACAAUUAUAUGGACCGUCAAUGGCUGCAACAAGCGCUGGUCAAAUCUACAAUUCUCAAGAGUAUUCUUCGGGCCAGACGACUCAUUUCAUGAAUGCUGACAGUGUUAGAACGCAUCACUUUCGAAAUGAUAAACGUCCAGCUCCAGUAUUGAAUUAUGCCAGCCAAGACAACAAGCAAGUUGACGAUUCCACUGAUACCGCUACGUUCUUUGGUGAGAGCACAUCUAAAUUAUCUUCUGGCCAGAUGAAUCAUCAUUUCAUGAAUGCUAACGAUGUAAGAACGCAUCAUUUUCGAAAUGAUAAACGUCCAGCUCCAGUUUUGAAUUAUGCCAGCGAAGACAACACCCAAGUUGAUGAUCCCAGUGCCACCGCUACGAUCUUUGGUGAGAGCACAUCUAAAUUGUGGCAGCAUGUAGAAAAUGCACACGCUGCAAGUAGAGCACAUAAAUUGGCAAUAGUGCAUGGUGGUAAUGUUGAUACAUUUGGAGCUGUGCCGCCAGUUCCUGUUGCUCCCGUUUGGAUCGAAGGCGAUCAAUACAAUGCAUAUUCACCGUUGGGCUACACUGGUGAGGUUAUGGAUAAUUCCGCUGCGGCUGGAGCUGCAGCUUCGGCUGGUCACUCCUCGGCGUCGGCGUGGAGUCAGCAGAGUGGUAACUAUGGACCAAGUAAUGGACAUGGUGUUGCUUUCGCUCACGCCAGUUCCGCCUCGUGGAGCUCCAACAAUUCUGGCUGAGAGAUUUUUUUGAUAACACGGGUUAUGUUUAAAAACAUAAAUUUGUAGAAGAUGAUUUUUAAAAUAAAAAAAUAUUAAUAUUUUGAAA